AUGAGAAGGGACUCACAUAUGGGUUUACUUUUCAAAAUUGUUUUGAUAGGUGAUUCAGGAGUUGGAAAAACAAAUUUGCGUUCGCGUUUCACAAAUGAUGAGUUUAAUCUUGAAAGUAAAAGCACGAUUGGUGUUGAUUUCGCCACAAAGAAUGUCAAAGUUGACGGAAAAGUUGUUAAGGCUCAAAUAUGGGACACAGCUGGUCAGGAGAGAUAUCGGGCUAUAACUUCGGCUUAUUAUCGUGGUGCAGUUGGUGCUAUUCUUGUUUAUGAUAUAUCAAAACCGCAUACAUUUUUAAAUGUAGAUAAAUGGUUAGAUGAAUUAAGAGAAUAUGCAUCAGAUGAUGUUGUAAUUAUGUUAGUUGGAAAUAAAUGUGAUUUAAAACAUUUACGUUGUGUAUUAACAGAAGAUGCUACUCGUUAUGCUAAACAACAAGGUAUAUCAUUUAUGGAAACAUCAGCAUUAGAUUCAAUUAAUGUUGAAGAAGCAUUUAAUCAAACAAUCAAAGAUAUAUAUCAACUUAUUAGUAAACAUCCAUCAUUCAAUUCUAAUGAAACGAAUAUUAUACCAACAAAUAAUUUACCAGUUCCAGAACCAGAAUUAAAACAAUCAACAAAAAGAAAAUCUUGUUGUACAUAG